UUUGAGUCUCAAUUUUUGUUUUUAUUUGUUCUUAUCUUUUUGAUUUUUUUUGUUGUUUUAAUUAAUUGGGUGGGUAGAUUUGUUGUAUUUUUUCUUCAACUAAUCACAAGAAUGGCAUCAUUUGUAAAAUCUAACAAAAAUGGAGAAAAAUUAAUUUAUGAUGGAUUUAUUUAUGUUAAAUGCAAAAAUGGGCCAGACAACAAACGUUAUUGGAGAUGUGAAUUUUGGAGAAGUCAUAAAUGUAAUGGAUUUGCUGUAACUGAUUCAGACAAUAUGGUUACUGUUACUAAACAACAUGACCAUGAAAGGUCACCAAAUCGUGUCGAAUUAGCCAAGAUAAAAGAUCGUAUAGUUCAGGCAGCAGUUACUACAACACUUUCUCCUCGGGAAAUUGUAAAUAAUCAGAUAGCUGGAAUUAGCGAUCAAGCAAAGGCAGAACUUCCAAAAUUGGUUAAUUUAGAAAAAACUGUUGGAAGAAAACGUUAUGCUGAUGGACAACCUGUCCCCCGUUUUUUAUCAGAAAUUGACAUUCCUGAAAAUUUGAGAAGAACAAAAACUAAUAUUAGUGAAGAUUUUAUUUUGGUUGAUACUGGAGCAGAUGAUUCCAAUAGAAUAAUUAUUUUUGCUUCACCUACAGAUGUUGCACGUCUUUCAACCUCCGAUGUUUGGCUUUGUGAUGGAACUUUCAAAAAUGAUCAAAAAUUAUUUUAUCAACUUUGGAUUAUCUCUGGCCAAUUUUAUCAACCAGUAGUUCUUCCCUUUGUUUAUAUUUUACUUCCUUCAAAAACAACAGAAUCUUACCUUAGGGCAUUAGAACUUUUAAUAGCAAAAAUUGAUGAAAUGAGUCCUGGUUAUAGGCCCCAUACUGUUAUUUUUGAUUUUGAAAAGGCUGAGGAACAAGCAUUACAAACAGCUUUACCUUUUGCGACAAUUCACGGAUCAUUAUGGCGGAAAAUUCAAGAACUUGGUUGGGGAAAAGCAGAAAUUGAAGGACUACAUAAUUAUUUGAAAAUGUUUGUUGCACUUACUUUUGUUGAUACAGCAAAUGUCCCCGCUUUUUUCAAUCAAUUGGCCCAGAGGUUUCUUGAAAUCUUUGGGAAUGGAGAUUCGGAAGGUCCACAUGUUGCUUUUAUUAAUUAUAUGGAAAGAAAUUGGAUUGGAAAAGAUUUUAUGCCCCCACGAUUUCCUUUGUCAAUGUGGAACAGCAAAGAUAUAACUUAUGACCAAAUGCCUCGAGCUACAAAUUCUGUUGAAUCUUGGCAUUUUACUUUUGCAGGAAUAUUUUAUCGCCAUUCUUCAAAUCCAUAUAAUCUUGUAAAGGCAAUUUUAAAUGAACAGUUCCGUGUUGAUGCCAUUGCUGUAAGAAUUGUAUCUGGUGAAGAAAUUCGAACAUUUAGUAGACCUGAAUAUAAACGCACAAAUGAUUUGCUUUUGGAUAUAUUGAAAGGAGUUGGAGGGCCUAGAGAUCCAAUUGAAUAUUUAACUGCUUGUUCAUAUUAUAUUCCUUUAUAA